AUGGAUACAGCCAUAGGAUCGUUUAAGCUGCCUGAGUGGCGAGCUCACACAUGCCGUUGUAUCGCUGUACCGGUAUUUUCUCACAGUACAUGUUUGAGGUUGCAGAUUUUUGAGAAAAACCCUACCAAGAUAAAGAACUAUGGCAUUUGGCUGCGAUAUCAAAGUCGAACAGGUUAUCACAAUAUGUACAAGGAAUACAGAGACACGACUCUCAAUGGUGCGGUAGAACAGAUGUACACUGAGAUGGCAUCUCGUCACAGGGUGAGGUUUCCUUGUAUCCAAAUCAUCAAGACAGCUACCAUCCCAGCAAAACUUUGCAAGAGGGACAACACGAAGCAGUUCCACAACUCGAAGAUCAAAUUCCCAUUGGUAGUCAAGAAGGUCAGGCCACCAACCAGGAAGCUUAAGACGACUUACAAGGCAACUAGACCCAACUUGUUCAUGUAGU